AUGGAGGAAACCAGACAAGAACCAAGUGGAAAGUGCCCAAAGCUUUCGGAUGGAGAGCAAAACAUGGCCUCGGUCGAUAGGCUCAGCAGCUUACCGGACGAAGUCAUAUGCCACAUUCUCUCUUUCCUCCCGACUAAGCGCUCAGUUGCGACCAGCAUUCUCGGAAAAAGAUGGAGAUUUCUAUGGGCCAACGUACCCUCUCUGCAUUUCAGUUUCACGAAAGUAGAAACACAAGCUUCGGACAUCAUCAACAGUGUUAUAUCGCAGCACAAGGCAAAAAAAAUGGAUACUUUAACACUCUGUAACCUCAAAUGCAACGAGUAUCAACUGGAUACAUGGAUUAAGAUCGCCAUCGAGCGCGGAAUCCGGAAUCUUUGUCUUGAAAGCUUAGAUACAUUCCCUCGAUCCCUCUUGAACUGCAAAACCAUGGUAGACUUGAAGCUUGCUGGUUCAUUUAUUAGUAGAGUGCCACUCUCUGCUAUGGACAAUGUCUCUCUGCCUAGCCUCAAGAAGUUUCAUGUUUCUAAUGUUGUGUGUGAGAAUGAUGAUGCGCUUCCUCGCUUUCUCUCCGGCUGUCCGUCGCUCGAGGAGUUGAUUAUGAAAUUCACCUUUGUGGGGAAAGAUGAUUAUGUGGGCUGCAUAAACAUAUCAUCACCCACGAUAAAGAUGCUUCAGCUCAGUCCUAGGGUUUAUGAUCGUAUUGUUGAAUAUAGGAUGAUAAUGAAUGCCCCGACCCUUAGGUAUCUCCAGGUGGAUGACUAUGACUUGGAGUGUAUAACAAUUCCUAUAACCAUGAUCUCCUUAGUUGAGGCGGACAUCUGCUUAGAUCAUUGUGGCUUCUCAAAUUACAAAACGAUUUGCAAUUCCAAGGUGGUGAAGUUUCUUCAUUCUCUGUCUUAUGUAAAGUGCCUAAAGAUAUCAGGUCGGGAAUUUGAGGAGUUUGUUCGUAGAGGACUUGCUUGUUCAAAUGUAAAGUUUGAUAAUUUGACCAAACUUGAACUCCGAUUGAAUUUCAAAUGGAGUUUUCUUGUAAAGUUUCUUGAAGUUGCUGAUAAUCUUGAAGUCCUUACUAUUUAUUUCGAAAAGGGAUACUUGUGUCCGGAGCCUGAACAAGUGCCUAAAUGCCUAUUAUCAUGUCUAAGAACUAUAACAAUUAAGUCGAUGUGGUUCAAAGAGCAUGAAUUUGACAUGCUCUCAGUGGCGACCAGUGUUCUCGGAAAAAAAUGGAGGUUUCUAUGGCCCCACGUACCCUCUCUGCAUUUCGAUUUCACGAAAGAAGGAAAAAAAGCCUCGGACGUCAUCAACACUGUUAUACUGCAGCACAAGGCAAAAAGAAUGGAUACUUUAACAUUCGAUUCCCUGAACUGCAAGUAUCAGUAUCAACUGGAGACAAUCAUUACAACCGCCAUCGACCGUAGUAUCCGAAAUCUUUAUCUUCAACUUGAAUUCGAUAAUUUCCCUCGAUCCCUCUUCAACUGCAAAACCAUUGUAGACUUGAAGCUUGUUGUUGCAUGUCCUCGUAGAGUGUCACUCUCUGCUAUGGACAAUGUCUCUCUGCCUAGCCUCAAGAAGUUUCAUGUUUUUAGAGUUGUGUGUGAGAAUGAUGAUGCGCUUCCUCACUUUCUUUCUGGCUGUCCGUCACUCGAGGAGUUGAUUAUGGAAUUCGCAUUUUGUGAGAAAGAUGAUUAUGUGGGCUGCAUAAACAUAUCAUCACCCACGAUAAAGAUGCUUCAGCUCAGUCCUUGGGUUUUUCAAGGUACUGUUGAAUAUAGGAUGAUAAUAAAUUCCCCGGCCCUUAGGUAUCUUCAAGUGUAUGAAUAUAACUUGGAGUAUAUAACAAUUGCUAUACCCAUGAUCUCCUUAGUUGAGGCGGAUAUUAACUUACAAUAUUAUUGCUUCUCAAAACACAAAACGAAUUACAACUCCACGGUGGUGAAGUUUCUUCAUUCUCUGUCUUAUGUAAAGUGCCUAAAGCUAUCAGGUUGGGAAUUUGUGGAGGUAUGUUUUCAUUCUUCAAUAUCUUAG